GGAUGGGCGAACAGAAGUAAACGCGGGAGGCGGGAUUCGUCGGAUAUUGGAAUAAUCGUCUUUAUUUUGCUACGGGACCGACUGCUGAAUAAGGGGAGCAUGCGUGGCUCAUACCGAGAUAGGUGCUCACUUCCCUUCUAAGUAUAUUUCGAGAAAAGUAAUUGAUGAGCCGGUGGUAAAAAGACCUGAACAAUGUAUGUCACAUCCAUGCUGAUUGAUGGAUUCAAGUCAUAUGGUCAAAGAACUGAAAUUACUGGCUUUGAUCCAUCAUUUAAUGCAAUUACCGGACUGAAUGGCAGUGGCAAAUCCAAUAUACUGGAUGGCAUUUGCUUUGUCUUGGGCAUCACAAACCUCAGCCAUGUGCGGGCGACGAACCUGCAGGAGCUGGUGUACAAGAACGGCCAGGCGGGCGUCACCAAGGCCACUGUGUCCAUCACGUUCGACAACAGCGACAAGGCCGAGAGCCCGCUCGGCUAUGAGCAAUACGACGAGAUCACCAUCACCCGACAGGUGGUGGUCGGUGGCAGGAACAAGUACGCCAUCAACGGCGUGAACGUGCAGAACAACCGGGUGCAGGACCUGUUCCGCUCGGUCAAGCUGAACGUCAACAACCCUCACUUCCUCAUCAUGCAGGGCCGCAUUACCAAGGUCCUUAACAUGAAGCCGCCAGAGAUUUUGUCAAUGAUAGAAGAAGCAGCGGGAACAAGGCUGUAUGAAUCCAAGAAGCAGGUGGCCCAGAAGACUAUAGAGAAGAAGGAUGCCAAGCUCAAAGAAAUCAAUGACAUCUUGGAUGAAGAAAUCAACCCAACAAUGAAUAAGUUGAAAGAAGAGCGUUCCACGUAUUUGGAAUAUCAAAAGGUGGAGCGAGAAUACGAACAUCUGAGCAAAUUUUGCAUUGCAUUCAAGUUUGUCACCACGCAGGAGUCGUGCAAGAAGGCCGUAUCGGACGAGCAGGAGGUGCAGCACUCCAUCGAGCAGGUGCGGGGCCAGAUCGAGCAGGGCCAGCAGGACAUCGGGCGGUACGAGGAGGACAUCGGCAAGCUACAGCACCAGCGAGACACGGAAACUGGUGGUACUCUCGUCUCAUUGGAGGAGAAGCUAGAGGAGGAUACCAAAGUCGAGGCGAAAGCUAUUGCUGCCGUGAAGGGUGUCAAGGAUUCAGUGAAAGCCGAGGAGAAGAAGAAGAAACAACUGCAGAAAAGUUUGGCGGAUGACCGCGCGGCGCUGGAGCAGAGGCAGCAGGAGAUGAGCCGACUGCGCGCCGUGUUCGACGCGCUGCGUGAGGCCGACGCCGAGCAGGCGGCCGCGCUCGCCGCCGCCCAGAAACGCUUCCAGGCCAUUAGCUCGGGCAUGUUCAGCGGCGACGACGGCCAGGACGCCACGCUCGCUCAGCAGCUCAUGAAUGCCAAGUCGGCCAUCGCGGACUCGGAGACGGAGCGCAAGCAGGCGGACAUGAAGCUGAAGCACACCAAGCAGGAGCUGGCCAAGCGGCGCUCCGAGAUGAAGAAGACGGAGAGCGAGUACCGACGCGACUCGAGCCAGCUGCAGACGAUGGAGGCCGACGCGGCCCGCCUCGAGAAGUCAAUGGGCCAGCUGCGGUACGACGAGACCAGGGUGGACGUGCUGGAGGCGGAGCGUCGCGAGCUGAAGCAGGAGCUCAGCCGGCUGAAGGAGAAGCUGGACGUGCUGGAGUCACGGUACCCCCAGCUGGUGCUCGACUACCGGGACCCGGAGAAGGGCUUCGACCGCAGCACCGUUCGCGGCGUGGUGGGAAAGCUUUUCAACAUGAAGGACGUCGCCACGGCCACCGCCCUGGAGGUGACCGCCGGCGGCCGGUUGUACAACGUGGUGGUGGACACGGAGGUGGUGGGCAAAAAGCUGCUGGAAAGGGGACAGCUGCAGAAGCGCGUCACGUUUAUCCCGCUCAACAAGAUCUCCAGCUCCAGCAUCGACAUGCAGACUAUCCGACACGCUGAGAAAGUGGUGGGCAAGGAGAACGUGCGGACGGCGCUCUCCUGCAUCCAGCACGAGCCGCGCCUGCAGAAGGCCAUGGAGUGGGUGUUUGGCAACACGCUCAUCUGCAGCGACCUGGACGUGGCCAAGAGGGUGGCGUUCGACCCGCGCGUGCAGCGCCGCGCUGUGACGCUGGACGGUGACGUGGUGGACCCGGCCGGCACCCUGACGGGCGGCUCGCGCCAGGCGCGCUCCUCGGUGCUAGCCGAGCUGCACGCGCUGUCCGGCUGCCAGCAGCGGCUGCGCCAGCUGGAGCAGCGGCUGGCCGAGGUCGAGGCGGAGCUGUCGUCGCUGACUGAGAACGGCGACAGGUACGCGCAGCUGAAGCAGCAGCUGGAGCUGAAGCGGCACGAGCUGCAGCUGGUGCGGGAGCGGCUGCAGCAGACCACCCACUGCCAGCUGCAGCAGGAGGUGCAGCGCCUGGAGCAGCUGAUCGUGGAGCUGGAGGAAACGCAGUCGCGCUGUGCGGCGACCGAGAAGGGGCAGCGAGCGCGCGUCGCCCACCUGGAGGAACAGAUUCGAGAUCAGCAGGCUGUGCGAGAGCGCGAGCUGAACAGCGCCGAGGCCGAGGUCAAGGCCUGCAAGACACGGGCCGAGGAGACGCGCAAGGCCUGGCAGGAUCGGCAGCAGGAGGAGGAGCAGAUGCGCCUGGAGAUCGCCGACCUGGGCACCUCGGUGCAGUCGACUGAGGAGCAGAUCGCGGCGGCGGAGACGGCGCUGUCGCAGUACGCCGAGCGACUGGCCGAGGCUCAGACGCAGCAGCAGGCUGCACAGGCGGCGCUUGCCCAGGCUCAGGCGGCCGUCAAGGCGCAAAAGGACGUGAUGAACGCCCAAAACAAGGAAAUCCAGCAGCUGGCCACGAAGAAGGAGAAAGUCAUCAGCGAUAACCGCGACCGCGAGCUGGAGAUUAAGCAGCUGGACCACAAGCUCAGCAAGGCCAGAAGUGACGCCAAGGACAUGCAGGAGCGGGUGAAGCGCAUGCUCUCGGACCACGAGUGGAUCGCCACCGACCAGCAGUUCUUCGGCCAACCCAACACCGCCUACGACUUCAAGGCCACCGACCCCGUGGAGGCCAGCAGGCGCAUCGUCAAGCUGGAAGAGGCUAGAUCCAAGCUGGGCAAGAACGUGAACAUGCGCGCCAUGAAGAUGCUUGGGAAAGCCGAAGAACAGUUCACCGACCUGAUGCGCAAGAAGCGGAUCGUGGAAAACGACAAGACCAAGAUCGAAACGGUGAUCCGCGAGCUGGAUGAGAAGAAGAACGAGGCGCUGAAGCAGGCGUGGGAACAGGUGAACCGUGACUUCGGCUCCAUCUUCGGUACCCUGCUGCCGGCCAGCGCUCGGUUGCAGCCGCCAGACGGCGCCUCAGUGCUCGACGGACUCGAGGUGCGGGUGGCGUUCGGCGGCGUCUGGAAGGAGUCGCUGGCGGAGCUGAGUGGCGGCCAGCGCUCGCUGGUGGCGCUCUCGCUCAUCCUCUCGCUGCUGCUCUUCAAGCCGGCACCCAUCUACAUCCUGGACGAGGUGGACGCCGCGCUGGACCUCUCGCACACGCAGAACAUCGGCACUAUGCUGCGCACCCACUUCCAACACUCGCAGUUUAUCGUGGUGUCGCUCAAGGACGGCAUGUUCAACAACGCCAACGUGCUGUUCAAGACCAAGUUCGUGGACGGCAUGUCGACGGUCUCGAGAUUCACCCAGCACGUGCCACUUGGCAGCCGGAAAUGAGAGCAGCACGUGCUGAUCGGCGGUCACAAACAAUCAUAUUGUGCCAGGUGGUAGCUGAAAGCGUACAGGACGUGCCUCUCGGUGCGAUCAUGAGACCUGUGCUUCGAAUGCCGCCGUCCGACGGGGCCGUCGCUGGGUGUCAUACGUCUCGCUCGGCUGGUGGUGAUGUGCGCGGGCACUCUUACCGGUCACCCACAAAUGGUGUCCUUGCAUUACGGGACCACCCACAACAGUGACUUCAGUAGCCUAUCUGUCACCACUCGAUAAUGAGCCCACUGUCGCUCGCUUCCGGGGCGUCGGUGCGCGGCGGACGGUCAGGUCGCUGCCGCUCCGCUCAGCCCGGGGGGUUUGGCACGAGUGUCCCGCACUCGGUCGCCUCCGGCAGCCCACCCGCGCCUCGCGCGUGUGACCAUGCCGCGACCGCCCGCUGACACUGCCGGCUCCGCCCCGCUGCUGCCGCUGCCGCCUGAGAUGCUCCUGCCAGUGCACCGCUGAUAGCAUGGAGCGAGCCCCCCGCCGCUGUGGUGGAUGCCGCGUAUCGCCACCCGCGGGUUGUCCUUGGGGGAGGGCCGGUUCCAGCGGCGUUUGCUGAGAGGCACCGGCUCCGGCCGAACUGCGGCGGCACAAUCCACAGAUGUGUCCUGAAAAUCACUCCAAUACAUUUAGCUUCAUCUUUGUACCAAUCUUGUCACUGUCCUUCCACGCCUCUACGAAGUUCGGAGACAAAUUCACCAUUAUGGCUUCGUCUAGCCGGGUACACAAGCUGAUUUCCCAUAUGAAAUUCGG